GCCCAUUUACAGGUUGGGAGAGGCGUCAUUUUAGGUAUUUUCAUGAACUACACUUCAAUCAGCAAGUGAUUUCCAUGGCGAAAAAGUGUUCUCAUAAAUCCCUAAAAAAUCCCUUCUUCAUAUUUUCCUUCGUAGUGAUCUGUUUCUUGACAUUCACAUCCACCCUAGCAAAGAAAUCCCCUCGUCCAAUAACUGAAAGUGAGGUCAAAGAGAAGAAGAACAUAUGUUAUGCAGAUAUCGAGAGUGGAUUGUGGGGUUGGAAGUGUAAGUCAUCAAUGAUAGAGAAAGAAAAUUGUGCAUUGAAAUGUCUGUCUCCUCAAUGUUACGAGCUUGUCUACGAAAGCGAUCCUCUGGAAGAAGGGGAGAAGGAUUAUGCUAGAAGUCAAGAGUACAAGUUUUGCAUGCACAGGAUAUCAAUGGGAGAAAGCCUUGAAGGAAUCAGAGGCUCCUUUGAUGUAUAGGAAUAUCCAAGCUACAUACAAUUACUCUUUCACAACCUUUCUACUCAAAAUUUUCUGCACGUGUGUAGGUUUGUCACAAUGUAAUGAUACUUGUAUGUUGGUGCAUUCUUUGACUUUCGUCAUUCAAAUACUUUUUACAGGUUGAGAGGUCUAGAGUCUCUAGACUACAUCGUAUAACUUGUUAGAUAAUGAAUACUACUCAUGGUUUUGUAUUAUAAAUGUCAUUCUCGAUUCUUGUGUACGGAGGAAUCCUUCAGGAUUCUUGUGGACUGUCUUGAAUCACUUUAUUAAUUGACGUUCAAUGUUUUUUUUCUUAGCGCACUA